AUCAACACACGUGUCUUUUUGAAUUAGACUAAAAAUCAUUUGGUCAUUUUCAAAAGCACUAUUCAAUACAACUUGCCUAACUCAUCAAUGUAUUUCAUAAACUUUCAAAGAUUAAUUAAUUUACCUGCUAUGCAUGCUGACCACAAAAUUAGGAAAAAUGUUUGACGUAACAAAAUCUUUUAAAAAAUGAUGAAUAGCAUUUUAAGUUCUAAACGGAUUCGUUACUCAUUUUAACAUCACAGAACAUGUAUGAUGCAUAACUGAACUGGUAAACCAAACUAAUAAAUGUUGUUUAUAAAAUCAAAAUCAAAGUCAAAGAGAUCGCACCGUUUCUAGGAAGUGAGUUAAAACGAAAACAUAUGUGUGGGAAACUGAAAUCCAGAAGAAUUCUAUAUCUCUCAGAUUUAUUUCAUAUUUUCUUCUUCUAAUUCAGUCUCAGAUUUCAUUCUUCUUUUUAUAUAAGUUAUUAGUCUCAAAUUUAUUUCUUUAAAUCUAUUUUCUAGACAAAAGAGUUAUUCACAAUUUAGUUAAUGAAUCCUCAAAAGAUAAUUAAAUCUUAGACUCCUCUCUGGAUAGUGAAGUGCCCGUAACAUUCGCACGUCAAGUCCAGAGAAGAUUUAAGAAACCAGAUUCUCUAUGAAAAGACUAUUCAAUGGCGUUUUCAAACUCAGAAAGGAGAUGGGUUUUUCCUCUGGCAAUGGCUUCUCUCAUGUUCAUAUUCCUCAUAGCUGCAUCCUUCAACAUGGGUCUCCUCUCUUCCGUGCGUUCCAUUAACUCACUCAUCUUCUCAUCAAAUCUACCCUCCACAAACGAAACAACCGUCAGUUUCGUAGAGUCAAAGACCAACAACCACUCCUCUCCUCCUCCUCAUGUACAGUCUAGUCCUCGUUUUGGUUAUCUAGUUUCAGGUUCAAAAGGUGACUUAGAGUCUCUAUGGAGAGUGUUACGAGCAUUGUAUCAUCCGAGAAACCAAUACGUUGUUCAUCUCGAUCUCGAGUCUCCUGCUGAAGAGAGGAUCGAGCUGGCUAAACGCGUGAGAGAAGAUCCUGUGUUUAACGACGUUGGGAAUGUUCACAUGAUCACAAAGGCUAAUCUCGUUACGUAUAGAGGACCAACAAUGGUGGCUAAUACACUUCAUGCAUGCGCCAUUCUAUUGAAGAAAAGUAAAGAUUGGGAUUGGUUUAUCAACCUCAGCGCCUCGGAUUAUCCUCUAGUGACUCAAGAUGAUCUUAUUCAUACAUUCACUGGGCUGGACAGGAACCUCAACUUUAUCGACUACACUAGCAAACUAGGAUGGAAAGCAGAGAAACGAGCAAAGCCUCUGAUCAUAGACCCGGGGCUUUACUCGACGAAGAAAGCAGAUGUCUUCUGGGUUACACCUCGUAGAACCAUGCCAACUGCAUUCAAACUCUUCACUGGCUCUGCUUGGAUGAUCUUAUCACGGUCCUUCGUAGAAUACUGCAUUUGGGGAUGGGACAAUCUUCCACGGACACUUCUAAUGUAUUACACCAACUUCCUCUCCACACCAGAAGGAUACUUCCAGACCGUUAUAUGCAAUACACCAGAGUAUUCGAGCACGGUGGUUAACCACGACCUGCAUUACAUCUCAUGGGACCGUCCUCCGAAACAGCAUCCUCGGACGCUCAACAUCAGCGACACGGAGAGGAUGAUUGCAAGCGGAGCUGUGUUCGCCCGCAAGUUCAAACACAAUGAUCUUGCUUUGGACAAGAUCGAUAUAGAGCUGCUAGGUAGAGGUAGUGGGGACUUUACACCUGGUGGUUGGUGUGCAGACAAACGUAAAUGCUCCAAGGUUGGUGAUCCGUCAAAGAUCAAUCCUGGUCCUGGAGCUAACCGAUUACAGGAGCUCGUUAGCAGACUUGUUUCAACAUCUAAAGUGGAUCAAAGGAAAUGUAGAUAGGCUCUCUCAAUACACUGGCAGCUGAAUGCUUUUAGAGGCUAAUUUUUUUGUUUUUAGAUGUUUCAUGUUUAAUGUGACUAAAAUGUGACUGAAUAAUAUACACCAACUCACUUCUCUUUACAUAGAAAACCUAUUCAAAUUA